AUGACGCACAUCUCGGUCCGGAGGGCACGCAAAUUGUCAAGAGAACUGCGCGAAAAAACGACCUUUUUAAAGGGGGUAGCGUGCUUUGAUCAGUGGGGAAACGAAGCUAUUUUAAGUCUGUGUGACCGAAUGGUGAGAAUCGACCGCAAGUAUAACGAUGUCAUCAUUGCUGAGGGCGAACCAGCAAGUGCUUUCUUUUUUGUCAAACAUGGCGACUGCAGACUUGUUAAGCGCUACUCGGCUUUAGAGCGCAAAAAGAAACAGCAUGAUCGGAGAGACCGGUGUUAUGUUGAGAUAUCCACAAUCAGCAGGAUGAACUUGUUUGAUUACAAGGGCCUUGGAGUUAGCAUUGAAGUUUCGAUUGCAGAUAAGAAGAAAGUGCUCGUUAAAGGAGCUGGCGCGGUGGAAGUGAUUGAAUUGGACGGAAAGGGCAUUCACAUGGUGGAAAUUCUGCACAUUCCCGGACUCGACAGAAGAUUACUAUCCGUUGGCAAGCUUGCAGAGCGUGGUAUGAGUGUGGAGUUCUCGCGAUCGGAUUGA